AGAUUAACCAACGUUUUCCUUUGACACAAACCCCGGAACGGAUGGCGAUGAAGUGGUUACGUUUUUCGCUCCUCGUCUUGGGGGUUUUCUCGCUGUACUGCGCCACGUCUGGUGACAGCAGUGGCGUGAAAAAGAUGAAAAUGCAGUUCGCGACGGGGCCACUUCUUAAAUUCCAGAUUUGCAUUUCCUGAGGGUACAAGCGGGUGUUUGAGGAGUACACGCAGGCCUUGUACCAGCGGUACCCAGACAUCCGCAUUGAAGGGGAGAACUAUCUUCCUAUUCCCCUCUACCGACACAUUGCUUCCUUCCUUUCUAUGUUUAAACUGCUGGUGAUUGGGUUGAUUAUUAUCGGCAGGGACCCAUUUGCUCUUUUUGGUAUGCAAGCCCCAGGUAUUUGGGAGUGGGGCCAGGCAAAUAAGAUUUAUGCCUGCAUGAUGGUGUUCUUCCUUAGCAAUAUGCUCGAAAACCAGUUAAUGUCUACAGGAGCUUUUGAAAUCACAUUAAAUGAUGUUCCAGUGUGGUCAAAACUAGAGUCAGGUCAUUUGCCCUCCAUGCAACAGCUUGUGCAAAUCCUGGACAACGAGAUGAAAAUGAACGUGCACAUGAACACAAGACCACAUCACCACUCCUAACCCUGCCCGUUGUUUCCUGGCUGGAGCUACAAACCCCUCCAUGUUUGAGGUGGGUUUCUCACCGGGCUGUGAAGUGAUGUUUAUGAAGGUCUGCGCUGAAGGCAGCAAGACUGUUAGCGCAGACUGGAUGCCCCCAUCACCCUUCACUGUGCCCCUUUGAGAUGCCCCGCCCCUGACGCCAGAGUGGGAUCCAUGGCAACAGUGCCGGUCAUUUUCUUGUAAUAUUCAUUCUACUUCAGAUUUCAUCCAGAUGACAUCAGUGGUCUCAUGAGAAGAGAUUUAACAUUGAUUCUUACAGUCUUUAACUUGUUGCAUAAAAUUAAUCUAUGUGAAUAAACCAACCCUGUCAUUUGUACCACUGAGCCAUAUGUAGAAUUUUAAUUUUAUUGUUCUAUGAGUAACUUAGCCAUGUAGAAAAUGCAACACGUAAAAUGUUAUCACUGUUGUGAAACUAUAAUUGGGGAGUUGUGUCUUGGUAUGAUUUCUGAAUAAUUUUUAUAUUUACGGAACUUGGAGAAAGCUACAAUGAUUAAUUAAUAAAACAUAUUGUAACUAACUGUGAA